AUGGUAAUGGCAGAGAUCGGUGGCCCAUUGGCACACCAACUACCCUUACACAAUCAUAGAGGUGGACUGGUGCAACCGUCGCUGGUAAUGAACCAUCACCUGGAUGCUUUAGACAGCACUUGCCAUGGACCAAACAUUCAUCCAAAAAAAGAACGCCUUUCCCUGUGCGUUGGAUGCGGUGGUCAGAUUCAUGACCAAUACAUCCUGCGUGUCGCACCGGACCUCGAAUGGCACGCAGCGUGCCUCAAGUGUCAGGAAUGUCGUCAAUUUCUGGACGAGAGCUGUACCUGUUUCGUACGUGACGGCAAAACCUAUUGCAAGCGAGAUUAUGUGAGAUUAUUCGGUACCAAAUGUGAUAAGUGCGGUAGCUCUUUUAGCAAAAACGAUUUCGUGAUGCGGGCCAAAACGAAAAUCUACCACAUAGAAUGCUUUCGAUGCUCGGCCUGCGCUCGGCAACUAAUACCAGGUGAUGAGUUUGCGCUCCGUGAUGGUGGUUCGCUUUACUGCAAGGAAGACCACGAUCAUCUGGAGAAAACGUCCCAAAAUGGCCUCAUACAGGGCGUCGAGCCCAACAACAAUAUCAGCGGCAAUGCCAACAACAACAACAACAACAACAUCAACAGUACCAAUAAUAACAAUAAUAGCUUAAGCAAUAAUAAUCACUCUAGUGAACUGGGGUCCAUGUCAGAUUCGGGCAGUGAAUCGGGAUCUCAUAAAAGUUUGCGUGGCAAAGGACCCACCGGACCAUCGGACGGUAAACCAACACGUGUGCGGACGGUGCUAAACGAGAAACAGCUACACACGCUACGUACGUGCUACAAUGCGAACCCACGACCCGACGCACUGAUGAAGGAGCAGCUAGUUGAAAUGACCGGUCUGUCACCACGGGUCAUACGGGUUUGGUUCCAGAACAAGCGCUGCAAGGAUAAGAAAAAAACGAUCCAAAUGAAAUUGCAGAUGCAGCAAGAGAAGGAAGGGCGAAAGCUGGGCUAUGGCAUGCAGGGUAUACCGAUGGUGGCCAGCUCACCAGUAAGGCACGACUCACCGCUAAAUCUCCACGGCCUAGAAGUGACCGCGUAUCAACCACCGUGGAAGGCACUGUCCGAUUUCGCCCUCCAUUCCGAUCUCGAUAGUAACGGAUCGAUCAACACCCACACACCUGCUUUCCAGCAUUUAGUCAAUCAGAUGCACGGAUACGACGUCGGUAAUGGCGGUGGAGGCGGCGGAGGUCCUGGUGGCGGUCCUGGUGGGAUGCCACCGAUGCCGGGCCAGGUUGGACAAGUCCCCCCGAUAGGGUCACACAUGGAUCUCAGCGGGCAUCAUCAUCCGGAUAGUACGGACUCGUACGUAACCUAUCUCGAAAGUGACGACAGCAUGCAGGGCAGUCCUUAA